CGACUGAUCCAUCCCACACACACACACACACACACACACACACACACACGCACAGACAGAGACACACACUCACUGAAGUCAGGCUGGGAGAUGCUACCGGCUGGCAAACACUGACGGUGUCCACUGCCCAGUUGAGUCUGCAGAGCAGAGGAAGCAGAACUCCAGUGACCUGAUCCCACUUCCUCCGGAGAAGAGGGAACCCGACCCUCGCCGUCGCGGCGGAGAAGGAGCGAUCGUCCCCCCAACCGCCGAAACUCGACCCGGCGGCGUCCAGAGGAGCCCGCGGUAGUGGCGUCUACUGUUGUCGGGGGGGAAGCAGAGGCAGGAUGCUGGCCAAGAUCCUGGAGGACAUGUGGGUGGAGCCGGAGGUGCUGGAGGCCCUCAGCGAGGAGCAGAAGAGGAUCCUCUUCCUGAAGAUGAGGGAAGAGCAGGUGCGGCGGUGGAGAGAGCGGGAGGACAGGGAGGAGAGGGAGGGCCGCGACUACCACAGCAUCAGGUCAAAGAAAGCCUCCAGUAAACAUGUGAGCUGGCUCCUGGGGCGGGACGGCGACGUGAGCGUCAGUAUAAUCGGGGAGGUGGACGAAUUCCGGUCCUCCAGACUCCUCCAGAGCCUCGUGAACCACAGGCUCCGCGGCGAUAAUAUGAAUGGCAUCCAGACAGCGGACUUGCUGCCAGGAAGAGAGGCCCGGCAGCUCGGCUUUACAGAAGACAUCCAGCUGCCCCUCGCAGAUGUUAGCGACGACCCGGCCUCGCCCGGCGGCCCGUCUUCAGAGGAGGACUCCUGCGGCGCCGAAGACGAGCUGAAGGACGCCGCCGAGGACAGCAGCGGCGGCGACAGCGACUCAGGCGGCGGCUCGGACAACCUCAGCGCCUGGGCUCCUCUCCACAGGUCCCAUUUCAGUAGCCAUGGCAACCAGCCCCUCAAAGCCCAACUGUCAGACGCAGGGAGGGACGGCGCUCAGGCCCGAGAAAUGCGACGUUGUGAAAGGAGACCAGAGUCCGGGAGCCGCGUGGCGCAGCUCCGAAAGGCGUUCGCAGACAAUCCCCACCACACCAAACCAGCCAAACCGGCCAAACCCGCUCACCUGCAGACAGGAAGCACGCCGCCGGUCCGUUAGGACCCCGCCAGGGUCCGCCCUGCCCGAGACAAAAGAGGCCGAGCCGGCGCAGGCCGAGGACUCAGACUCUGAAAGAAAAGCAUCCUCACUUGAACCCCAGCAGAGACAGAGAGAGCACGCGCUCUCUUUCCACGGCGAUUCGACCCACAGACAGCGAGACGGCGGCGGCGGCGGCGGCGGCGGCGGCGGAGUGAGAAAAAGACUUGAAAGCUUUUCAACUGAAGUCAACCUGAAUGAUAAAACUAAGCAGCUUUGAUGUUUGAGUUUAUAUUCCAGUUGAAAGACGCUCACGUGGCGGAGAGAGAGGGGCCGGUGACGACAGGUGGAAAAGACGGUUUAUGAUGAGCUGGCACAAGUCGCUGGGACUUUACAGAAGUGAUGAAUCACACUCGGUUUCCCUACUGAUCCACAGGUUUUUACUCUUUUGAAUGGAGUCCGUGUCACUUGUUGUGCUUUAAACAUUCCCGACUCCCCGUCCUCCAGCGGGAGCUGGAGUUACGGGCGUCAAAUAAAGAAGGACACUGAUAA